AUGCCCGAAACACCCGUCUACUUGAUAAGAAACGGAAAAUUAGAUAAAGUUCCGAAAACCUUCCAAUUCCUACGCGGCAAAAUGUACGACUUCAGCAAUGAAAUUGUAAUCAUAGAGGAACAAAUAGCCGAAGACGCGAAGAGGCCCGGAUUUUGGGAGACGAUGCGUACCAAGGCCUUCAAGAAGGCGGCACUCAUAUGCGUGAUGCUGAUGUUCUACCAACAGUCGUCUGGCAUCGUUGCCAUACUCUUUUUCCUAAGUGAAAUCUUCAAUUCGGCUGGAUCAAGUUUAGAGCCUCAAUGGUGCGUCAUUAUAGUCGGCAUUGUCCAGGUUGGUGUUAGCAUGAUUUCCUCGUUAGUCAUGGACAUAUUCGGUAGAAAAAUUUUGCUGAUUGUGUCGAGUGCCAUUAUGUCUGCCUCUGCCGCUCUGUUAGGAUUGUUCUUCACCUUGAAGAACAACGCACUUAUCGAUAAAGACGCCGUGUACAACAUAAGCUUCCUUCCCGUAACGUCGCUAAUGCUAUUCAUCUCAGCGUUUUGUAUUGGCCUUGGCCCCAUUCCGUGGAUGGCUCCCACGGAACUGCUCGCUCCAGAAGUUAAGGCAAAGUUCGCUUCAGCCGUAUCUACCUUUAAUUGGCUGCUAGCCUUUUUCGUCACGAGGUUUUUCCUCAACGUAGUGGACGCCAUUGGUAGCGACGCCACCUUUUACAUCUUUGCUGGUAUUACAGCAACUGUACCGUUUUUUGUAUGGUUUUUAUUUCCGGAGACAAAGGGGAAAAUCUUUAUACAAAUCAAGGCUGAACUUGAAGGAACAUCGCCAGAAGAAAUGUGA